AUGCCCUGGGUCCAUAACCUCGCCCACCCGGACCCCCACAGCCACGUUGCCCGGGUCAUCGCGAUCUGCUUGACCUUCAGCAUUAGUGCCCUACUGGCCGUGCUGCUACGGCUUCACAUCCGGUUACACACCAAGCGCGACCUCUGGCUCGAUGACUAUGCGGCGAUAUGCAGUGCGUUGUUAGGUCUAGGCUAUGCCGGAGUUUCAGUGGCUCAGACACGGUAUGGGCUUGGAUUGGACGCAGCCUCUUUCCCGGACGCCAAUGUAGUGAUGUUCAGUAAGAUCCAAUAUGCUGGCGGUCCGUUAUACAUCCUUGCGCUCCUCUUCUUUAAAGUCUCGCUUUUGACCUCCUACCUACGAAUUGGAGGGUUUGUGGCCGCAUACCGAUGGGUUAUCAUCGCCGUGACCGGCGCGGUGACAUGCAACCAGCUGGUCUUUACACUCCUCUUGACUCUGGCCUGUCAACCGGUCGCAAAGCAAUGGGACUCGAGUAUUCCCGGCACAUGCAUCGACACGGUAGCUUCAUACUACGGAACAAGUCUCGGCUUCGAUAUUGUGAUCAUCGCUCUCCCUCUUCCAGUCCUCUGGACCUUACAACUCCGCCAUACGCAGAAGGUAGCCCUAAUCGCCAUCUUCGCCCUCGGCUUCUUCAUCACCAUCAUCCAGAUCAUCCGCAUCUUCACCAUCAAGAAUCUCAAGACCUACACGGACAGCCAGCCGAUUGUCCUCUGGUCGGACGUGGAGAUCAGUCUGGGAGUAAUCAUCGCCUGCAUCCCAACCUACGGCCCCUACUUCCACGCCUUCGCC